AUGCAUUUCAUCAAGUCUCUCGUCAGCCUCCUCCCCAUCGCGGGCAUGGCCUCGGCCGCAGCCAUCUCCGGCACCUCUGCAGCCGCAGAUGCCGCCAUCACUGCCUCCGCCGCAGUCGCCGUCAACAACGGCGAUGGCUCCAUUCCUGCCUCCGUGGCCAGCGGUCUCAGCGACAAGGCCAUCACCGCCGUCAUUGACACCACCACCUCCGUCACCAAGACCAUCAAGACCACCGUCACCACUGAGAGCAAGACCUACACGGCCACCUCUCGCACCACCAUCGCCACUGAGAACCUCACUCUCACCUACACCCAGCGCACCACUGCCUCCACCACCACCCUCGCCCUGACCUACACCUCUCGCACCACGGCAGCCGUCCAGACUCUCGUCCUCACGGCCACCGUUCGCACCACCGCAUCCACCACUACCCUCACCCGCACCGCUCGUGCCACGGUUGAGGCCUCUGAGACUGUCACCGUCACUCCUACAGUUACCGGCGAGCCGUCUACCAUCCACUCCACCGUCCUGGACGUCACCACUCUCCCCUCCACCGAGUACUCCACCUCCACGGCCUACUCCACCGUUUAUCUCGACGAGACCACCACCGUGCCCACAGUCGUCUACGCGACCGAGUACACCACCGAAACCCGCGUCUCUACCGUCAACGAGAUCACCACCCUCGGAAGCACCGUCUACACCACCGCCACCGCCGUCGUCGACACCACAGUCUACGAGACGGAAGUCGCCACCGUUGAGUCCACCCAGUACAAUAUCGCCACGGUUCCUACGACCAUCUACUCCACUGAGAUCGUGCCCACCACGGCCUACCGUACCGAGGUUGUCAACGCCACCAUCACCGCCUCCGUCACGGAGACGGCCACGGCUACGAUUACGCAGACGGCCACCGUUCCUGCUGACCAGAGCGUCUGCCUGUACCGCUAUGCCUAUAUCACGCGCACCCAGACGGCGAGCGUCGCGCCCAAGUACUCCACUUACACAGUUUCCACCAUUACCUGCCUGGCUGCCCAGCCUACCUGCGACUCUCGCACCGGCAACUGCAACAAGUUUGCUCGUCUGGUCCUCAGCGCCGAGCCUACCUCUACCUAA